AUGACUCCCAAAGAGUCGGCUUGUGCACCUGCCAGCCAAAGGGAGCAGACUCGCGGCGAACGCAGUGCGCGAGACACGCCUGCCGACAAAAAGAUCAAAAAUGAGAUCAAACCCACUGAAAGUAACACGGCUGAAAGCGAGAGUGGGGCUCCUUGUCCAGUGGGAGACCUACACAGGGCAAAGUCGCGACGCCUUCUAAUCCAGGAUAUCCGAGAGGCCGAAGAGGCUCGAAAUCAAGGUACAGCGAAAAGCCUCCAGGCAAAGGCGUGGGCAGGCCCAGAAAUAGGUGGAAUACAAGUUGUUGGGGAAACCAGAAAUGUGGAAUAUGCACCAGAACAGACUGUUCGGACCCUUGGAAGGCCAGCUCGAAAGCGCUGCCGCGACGAUAUCGGCAGUGCGGAUGACAAACUGCCCUUUGAGCAAAAUGAGACGGAGAAGUGUAUCAAGAGGCGUAGAAAGCAAGAGGAGGUUCCAACAAUAACCCCUACUAGUAUCAGCUCAUCGCACAUUGGCGAGCUAGAUCCAAUGGAGAAGCUCGCGAGGACAAGUUUCGCACCUAGAUCAAAUGCGGAGACUACCUUGUCCUCGCUACAUGCCAAGUUUCGGGAAGACCGCGUUCAGUGCUCGGCUCUGCAUUACCUUGGGGGCCAAGUCGGGGAGGGGUCGAGUGAUGUAGUCGAAGCUGGACCUGAUGAAAAGGUCCUCAACAGCCUCAAGCUCCCUCCGCUUAGCCACUCCGAGGCACGAAAGCGGCCUCUGAACGAGUUCGAGAAAGCUAGCGACAACAAGCGUCACCCAACACUUUAUGACGUCCAGUCCAUCCUCGAGAUGAAAGAUAUCUUUUGGACGAAUCCAGAGUGGGCUAUUGAUUGGGAUUGGCUCAUCUAUGAUCGGGUGAUGGACAUGCCUGAGAACAGCAGACAACUCGAGAAGGAUGACGAUCCAACUCAGGAUCGUCCGCAAACAUCAUUGGCACAAAGAACCCAGGACGAAUACAAGACGGAGGGCAAAGAGGAUACUACGCGACAGUUCCAGCCGGACUCGCUGAGACUUGACAAGGACGUUCUUGUCUCAACCGGGAUCUCGACGAUCUCCAACAUCAGAAAAUCUGGGGGAUAUUCCAAUGCUACAUCAAAGGCGUCACUUUCAAUCGGGGCAAAGACAGGGACUCUUGGUUCAUGGAAGUUGGGCGUCGGUGCUGCCACUACCAAACCGCGCAGAGCCUUGCAGAAACGUGACGCCUACCACAAGAUGGUGAUUAGCUCACAUCCCGACGCCGUCUCUGCCGCCGUUCGUCACGCAAUUGUGUGA